UGUAAUUUCCAGUGAGUAUUACGAGGAAGUGGUUGCAAAUUGAUUCGCGCGUGUACAUUUUUUCACAUUUCGUUUCGGUUUCCCGCUUUGUUUCGCUCGGUUUUUGUCGCAAACUAUUCCCUGGAGUGUGCUGCGAAGAGUGACAAUCGGAAAGACCGCCCUAAUGAGGGCCAAGCGCGUGAAAAAUACAGUCGAAAAGUUUCCUCCCUCGAGCAAAAUUUUCUUCCUUCAUCCCGUGCAAAAGAAGAGCGAUCUUGACAGCAAUAAGAAGAAGAGUCCAAACGUCAUUCACGUACAGCAUAGCUGGUGCUGCUGGCAAGCAAGAAGCGAAUCGUUCGGUCCGCAAUAUUCGUCGCUAUUUCUUGAUAUUAUCAAUCGCAUCAAGUUGGUGGCAAUAACCGAAGAGAGCUUCAACCGCGGAAGCGUUGGAAGCGCUCGUUAGCCCCAUUUGGAUGGAAGUAUGAACCAAGAGCUUUGCUCAUACGCCCUCACGCAGAUCGCUUACCUCGUGUCGAACUUGAAUAAGAAGAACUUUGCCUUGAGCGGCCGACAGUUAGGACAGUUUGUGAAAGACUUUGGAUUAGAAGCCGAUCGUCAUCUGCUGCGUUGUUUAUUCUCUGCGAUAGACUUUUCUUGUGCUGCAGCUGGAGACGCCACGACAGGACAUUGCCGGAGCAGUAACACCAAUAACAACAACUCGCCGCUGCAGUUCCGUCUUCUAACGGCGGAACUCAUCGGAUUGCUCAGCAAGCCGCAGCUUGUCGGGAAUAUCUGUUACGCGGUAGACAAUCCGCUACCGCAUCAAAGGACGUUAAUACCAUCAGCGAAUCUCGCGACGCAGAUUGCGAAAACUCUUGGGUGUACGCCGAUCCAGGAAGCGGCGUUAGCGUUUGCACUGCUUCAUUCGUCCCAUUCGGAAACAGUUAAAAGUGCCGAAGACCUCGGACGUAGCUGUGUGGCUGGACUGAUUCAGUUGUACGUUGAUCAAGAAUCAUCCCAAUCGCCGAACCAGGAGGGAAGCCUCAACGACGUCUCGCCCGAAUUCCUGCAGCACAUUCUCACACGCAUCUCACACGGUAAACACUACGACUUUGGUCUGUCCGACGCGCUCCACAGCAAGUUCGUGCAGCAGCUGUGUCGGGACUUUCCACGGGAUCGUGUUCCGCUGAUUCUCGCCCCACUGUUGUACCCCGAGGACUCGGAGGUUUCCGCCCAGUCGGUGAAGCUUAACUCGCAGUCGCUGUUACGCUCCUCGAUUAUGGACACCGCAUGGAGCAGUCUGGUGAUGGAGGUCGGAUACACUUUCACCGCUUCGCUGGAGGACUGCAAGAAUCAUCUGCUCAAAGUUGGUGGUCGGGAGAUAUCGGCCCAGGAUGUGGCGAAGAUUAUAUCGUCGAUGUGUUUGACGCAUGCUUCUCUGUCCGAGAGUAGCAUCAAUUUGCCGACGCCUAAUAGCUUCUGGCCGCAAGGAAGUGAUCCCGGAGGAAAGGGCAAAGAUGGGGGGUCUAAUGCUGAGAAUAGCACCUGGAAACCGGAAAUUUUUGUGCAGGCUUUGAAGGAUGUUGUACCGAAUCUGAACUGGAAGGAUAUUUGCCUGGCGCUUGACCAUGGUGAAUUUAUGAUCAAAGAUCGUGCCGGUUUGUCGUUACUGUUGAGCACGGUGAAGAUGGGCAUACAAGCGAAUGGUUUGGGGCAGAAUUUCCCGGUCGAGUGUAUUUACCAGCGAUGGUCUAAUUUCGAAGGUCAUCUCUCGUUGAUAUCGAUGAUUGUGAAGAAUCCGGAUCUAUACUCGUUUGCAGAUCACAUCUAUACGAGUGUUUCGGUGGAUCUGUUGAAGACUCCCCCGGAGACCGACAACAAAGAGAUUGCUUCCUGGAUGUCGCUGCAUUUGGUCGAUACUUUGUUGCAUAUUGCAGAUAAUGGAUUGUACUCUCAAGUGAUGGAAGUGUUCAAGAUACCGAUUCAGCUGUGCCCGGACAUACUGUUUUUGGCAUUGCUCCAAAUUAACCCACCAGUGACAGUGAUCCGACAGGAUCUCUUCACCGCAUUAGUUCCAAUUUUUCUCGGUAAUCAUCCGAACUCAGGCACGAUUCUACAUCACGCGUGGAAUAACACCAGUUUCAAUCCAUCUCUGAGACAUAUCAUUCUGCACUCGAUGAGUGAUUGGUACAUGCGCGGUGAGAAUGAUCAAUCUCGACUCUCGCGAAUCUUGGAUGUUGCACAGGACCUUAAGGCGUUAUCAAAUUUGCUGAAUGUCAGAUCAUUCGUUUUUAUCAUCGACCUAGCUUGCUUGGCUUCCCGCCGUGAAUAUCUCAAGCUAGAGAAAUGGUUAGCGGAUAAAAUUCGUGAGCAUGGAGAACCUUUCGUGAAAACAAUUAUGAAAUUCUUGCAGCGCCGCUGUCCACAGCUUAUGCCUGGCAAGUAUACUGACGAGCAGCAGUUGCCGAAGUCGGCGCAGCUGCCGCCGGAGACUUUGACUACGAUUUUCACCUGUUUACAGGCAUGUAUCGGAAAUGUUAGUCCCGAAGUGGCGGAAGUUAUUAUGACCAUUGGCCAGUAUAAUUUAAUGGUGAACAACAAGAACAGAGCUCAGCAAACGCCCCAGCAGCAACAGCCUCCUCCACCGGGUGUCUUGAGGCCACAUCGUGGCCUGGAUACACCAUUCAGUGCCUCCGGAUUGGGAGGACCGAUAUUUCCACAAUCUGUCGAUACGCUGUCCGGCUUAGCAAGCAAUAUGGCUGGACUGAAUAUUCCCGGCCCAGGGAGCAGCUUUAACUUCGGAAAUGCGAUCAGUAGCUUGGUGACGACAACGCCAGCUUCGCCCUCGAGGUUAUUGGCAGGAGGGCCCUCGAACAGCCCUUUCCCGUUGAUGACGAUACCUCCGACGGGAUCUAUCGGGAACGUCAAUCGUUUACCGCAGACACAAGCGAAUCUUAACAGCGAUAAGCUGAACUUAUCUAGCACGAGCCAAUCGAGCUUUGCAGAGAUAGGAGGACAACAGGUAUCGAAGGAAGUGGAAGAUGAAGCCAAUAGCUACUUCCAGCGAAUCUACAAUCAUCCGCCGCACAACAGCUUGACUAUAGAUGAAGUUCUCGACAUGUUGCAGCGUUUCAAGGACUCGAUAGUCCGUCGGGAAUGUGACGUCUAUCAGUGUAUGCUUCGGAAUCUGUUCGAGGAAUACAAGUUCUUCCCACAAUACCCGGAUAAAGAGCUACAGAUUACCGCUCAGCUCUUUGGUGGAAUGGUUGAAAGGAACCUGGUCACAACCUACGUGGCUCUGGGAUUGGCGCUGCGAUGUGUGCUUGACGCACUGAAAAAACCGGAAGGCUCUAAAAUGUAUUAUUUUGGAGUCACUGCACUGGAUCGUUUCAAAAAUAAGUUGCACCUGUAUCCGAAAUAUUGUGAGUAUGUUCAUUCGAUCGCACAUUUCGAUCAGUUCCCGCCUCAUUUGAUCGAGUAUAUUGAGUAUGGGGCGCAAGGUCAAGAGCCUCCAAACAAGACACUGGGACCCGGUCCGUUACCCACGUCAAUCACGCAAAUGAUUCCUGGGCCUGCGGUGGUUGCUGGUGGAAAUCCAUUAUAUCGCAGUAAUUCUGUGCCUGGCACGAGCAAUCUAAGCUCUUCUACAUCGGCCCCAGCGGCUAGCAAAGCCAAUUUAGGGCAAAUGAGCGCGCCCUCAUCUGGACCUCCGCCCCGUGUAAAGUCGAUUGCUAAUGCGACUAAUAUCGACACGUUGCUGGUAGCUACCCAAGACCGAGAGGAAAAACUUAUAACACCUCCCGAUUCGAUGCAGGAUAAAACGGCUUUCAUCUUCAACAAUCUCAGCCAGCUGAACCUCCAACAGAAGUGUGAAGAGAUAAAGGAGAUCAUCCAAAAGGACUAUCAUUCUUGGUUGGCACAGUAUUUGGUACUUAAGCGUGCCUCCAUCGAGGUUAAUUUCCACGCACUCUAUUCGAACUUUUUAGAUGCGCUGAAGAUCCCGGAGAUCAACAGACUGGUAACGAAGGAGACCUUCCGGAACAUCAAGGUUUUGCUCAGAUCGGAUAAAGGUAUUGCCAACUUUUCCGACAGAAGUCUGCUGAAAAAUCUGGGACACUGGCUGGGAAUGAUGACAUUGGGAAGAAACAUACCUAUUCUGCAUCUGGACAUCGACAUCAAGUCACUACUCGUAGAGGCGUACAACAAAGGACAACAAGAACUGUUGUACGUAGUCCCAUUUGUAGCUAAGGUGCUGGAGUCUUGUGCUAAAAGUAAAGUAUUCAAACCACCCAACCCAUGGACGAUGGCGAUUAUGAAUGUGCUGGCGGAGUUGCACCAAGAACCGGAGUUGAAGUUGAAUUUGAAGUUUGAGAUUGAAGUGCUUUGCAAGAACUUGAACAUUGAUGUCGCGGAUCUUAAACCGGCGGUUUACCUAAAGGAUCCCGAGCGUUCACAGAUAAUCGAGUAUCAACUUUCGCAACCAAAGCCCAGCAAGGAGAUGCAACCCAUGGCUGCAAUGCAGGUGGCCGAAGAAAUGAGCGUUGCUGGACCAUCGAGUUCACCGGCGAUUCCCGCUAUGGACCCUUCGCUGGCCGUUACAGGCCCCCCGGAGCCACGCUUCCAUUACUCCGACAUCAAUAUAGCGACCUUUGCCUCGAUCAAUCAACACGUCACCUUUUCACCGAACAUUACGCUGUUGCAUACCCAUCCCCAUCUGAAGCAGAUAAUCAAAACGGCUCUGGAACGAACGAUCACCGACUGGAUUACACCCGUGGUGGAACGUUCCGUGAAGAUCGCAGCCAAAACGUGUGAGCAAAUCAUACGAAAGGAUUUCGCGCUCGAUUCGGAUGAGCAGCGGAUGCGGACGGCUUCUCAUAAUUUGGCCCGCAAUCUGGCCGCUGGUAUGGCCAUGAUUACGUGUCGGGAUCAGUUGAUGCAAAACAUACAGACCAACAUAAAGACGGCUUUCAUGACCACACUUAGCCCGACACAGAAGGAUGUCGCCGAGGCGGCGGCGAGUCAGUUGGCUGCGGAUAACAUGGAAUUGGUGUCGGCUUUCAUCCAGAAGACCGCCAUUGAGAAAGUUGUCCCGGAAAUGGAUAAGCUGUUGAAUACCGAUUACGAACUGCGAAAGAUUGCCCGCCAGGAAGGACGGCGCUACUGUGAUGCGAGUGUGUUGACCUAUCAGGCGGAACGAAUGCCGGAAAGAAUCCGACUGAGUGUGGGUGGUGUUUCGCCCAGUCAACUGGCUGUUUACGAGGAAUUUGCCCGGAAUAUUCCUGGCUUCCAGCCAAUCAACGAACGAGAUAACGCUCUUUUCGCACCCAAAUCAGAGACGUUGCCUGCUGCACAGUUCCCAGCAGUAUCAGCAGCCCCAGAUGAUAUUGGUGUCCUGUACGAUGAGCUAGCUAACAAGAUGGAUGCUUUCCUCAACAAUGCCGUUAGCAUACCACAGUUACAGGUUCACGUUAACAACAUGCACACACUGCUUGAGUGCCUUGUUCUUGCGCGUCGUACACGGGAUAAUUUGACGGCCUGCAACCUGCUGAACAAAGCUGUCGAGGGCAUAAUGGAGGGGAUUAUGAAUAUUACCGACCACCUGGAACAGAUGAAACUGUAUCGCGACAUUCAUCUGCGGGUGAUGCGUUUACUUCAGGACCCGCGUGCUUUUGGACCACUGUGGACAAACAAAGCUAUCACACGAUGCAUGCUCGAGUGUCGAGAGGAGAUCCGUUACAACGUUGAAGCGGUUGAUCUGCUGAUUUCAUCGAAUUUUGUUAACAUGCCUCAGUACGAUAUGAUGCUGAUGCAAUUGAUGGACAAUGGAAACAAUUAUGUGGCGGUGGUGUUUGCCAUGCAACUGGUGCAAACAUAUUUCAUCGACGAGCGCCCCAAUCCUGUAAUCACCGAGGGCGAUCUUUUGAACACAAUCGAAAUACUCGCAAGACUAGCGGCUCAUCCACGCGCUCCCGAAGGACUUGCCCAUCUGAUUGAAAUGUUACGUUCGAACCACGACCCCAACACAUUCCUAGUGGAUCGGGCGCUCGCAGGACCAACGUCUUACAUUCAUUCGGGCAUUAUUCAGGCAAGAGCUACCGAUAUUGAAGAUCCACCCGGAUUUGCUGAACGAACGGAGUUUCUGCUCAAGGAUUGGAUCGCUAUCUAUCACACCCAUACAGUGGGACGGGAUCCUCUCAAAGCCUUCAGUAUAUUUGUCAAUAAGAUGAACGUUUACGGUAUAUUGAAGGGUGACGAACCACUGACUAGAUUUUUUCGACAUGCAACUCAAUGCUGUAUUGAUUUGACCUAUCGCAAUUUGAGCGACUCCGCGUCGAAGAACAAAAUUUUCCAGUGGAUUGAUGCGUAUGUACGCCUGAUUGCGAUGCUUGUGAAGCACUCCGGAGAAACUGGAAACUCAAGCACUAAACUGAAUUUGCUUAACAAGGUUCUCGGCAUUGUUGUAGGCAUAUUGCUGCAAGACCAAGACUUGCACGGUACCGGUUUCCAGCAGUUGGGCUACCACCGUAUUUUCAUCAUGCUGUUCCUCGAACUGAGCACACACGAUCCUGUGCUGGAGAAUAUUAGUGUCAGUGUGAUUACAGCUUUCUGCCACACGUUCCACAUUCUGAGACCUUCACUGGCGCCUGGAUUCUGCUACUCCUGGUUAGAGCUUAUUUCAAAUCGCGUUUUCCUCGGUCGCAUUCUUGCGUCUAUGCCACAGCAAAAAGGCUGGUCCAUGUAUUCGCAGCUGCUGAUUGAUUUGUUCAAAUACUUGGCUCCUUUCCUUCGCAACGCCGAAUUGGCCAAACCGGUGCAACAUCUGUACAAGGGAACGUUACGUGUACUGUUGGUGCUGCUGCAUGAUUUCCCCGAAUUUUUGUGUGACUAUCAUUUCGGUUUCUGCGAUGUCAUCCCACCGAACUGCAUCCAAAUGCGGAACCUAAUACUUUCGGCGUAUCCAAGGAAUAUGCGGCUACCGGAUCCGUUCACUCCGAAUCUGAAGGUGGACAUGUUGAAUGAUAUUGGAGGAGCACCACGCAUUUUCACGAAUUAUGCUGCAGCGAUUACUCCAGCCAGUUUCAAAAAGGAUCUGGAUUCAUAUCUUAAGGCUCGUUCACCGGUGACAUUCCUGUCGGAGCUACGCAGCAGUCUGCAGAUUUCAAAUGAACCGGGCUCCCGGUAUAACAUCCCGCUGAUGAACGCUCUAGUGCUAUACGUUGGCACCCAGGCAAUAGCCCAUAUAAGAUCGAAAAAUUUGGGUCCCACGAUGGCGACCAUCGUGCACAGUGCACAUAUGGAUAUUUUCCAAAAUCUAGCAGUAGAUCUGGACAACGAGGGACGGUAUUUGUUCUUGAAUGCGAUUGCCAAUCAAUUGCGGUAUCCGAACAGUCACACGCACUACUUCAGCUGUGCGAUUCUGUAUCUGUUCGUUGAAGCUAAUUCGGAAGCUAUACAGGAACAAAUCACCCGUGUUCUGUUGGAGCGACUGAUUGUUAAUCGUCCGCACCCGUGGGGCUUAUUAAUCACCUUCAUCGAGUUGAUCAAGAAUCCAGCGUAUAAAUUUUGGGACCAUGACUUCGUUCACUGCGCGCCAGAAAUCGAGAAGUUGUUCGAAUCGGUUGCCAACUCGUGUAUGGUGGUCAAAUCCAAGAGUCAGCAGAUGCCGAACGUUGAGUCGGAAAUUGCAGAGUGCAAUUAGAAUGGGCGGUUUGUUCGGUUCCCAAGUGCAAUCGCAUCGCAGAAGGGCUAUCGCUAGUUCUUACGAUAAGAAGAAAAGGGGUAGCGGACAUGAAUUCAACUGUAAAGAGAUAUAUUGUUAGUAGCAUAUCGUUUAGUAGUGAGUGUUAUAACACGUUUAGAGAUAGUCCAGUUUUAUUUUAAUAUUUCUGGAAUGUGACACACGGAACUGAUUGAAACAAGGUUUAUUUUUAAUGAGUUAAAAUGUAAUUCUCAUGCUCUCACGUUUGAUUUUAAUUUACAACACUUAUCCCUAUCAUCACCAUUAUAAUACUGUAAAUAGCAUCAGUUGUAAUACUGUUUCAAAAUAACCAAUCGGCGAUAAUCAAACCUGUAUUAUACAAAAAAUCACCAUUAGUUCACGCUAUCAAAUAAAUCUACACCAGGUGGUCCAAUACAUGUUAUGCAUACAUUAAAAAAUAAACAUUAUAAGCGUGUGUAGAAAGUACGAUUCAUUUGUUGAUGAAAUGCGCGCUGAGCGUCCGGAGAAGUAUCUCGUUCGUAGGGAUGAACGUCCCUGAAUUAUGUUAGUAUAACUGGAAACCCAAAAUAAUGGUGUCUUAUGGUUAAGCGUUAGUAGAUGUAUGUUAUGAUCGCUCAGUAUAUUCUAGAUUCGUGAAUAAAAUAUUAUACACUUCAUGUAAAA